AUGACCUUCCUCAUUUUCUAUAUCCGUCUAUCGCCCAACCGCACAUUCCGGAUCACGUGCUUUGCAACCAUGGGCCUCAAUACGUUAUUCAUGAUUAUCAACUGGCUCUUGGCCCUGCUUCAAUGCGCACCACUGGACGCGUACUUCCACCCACAGGCUCACCCCGACGCCAAGUGCAUCAACAAGGGCGUGCUCUUGCUGGGUCCAUCAAUACUGAACAUCAUCACAGAUGUCAUAAUCCUCGUCCUCCCCAUCCGCACAGUCUGGAAUCUGAACAUGUCCCGUCGGAAGAAGAUCGCAGUCACCGGCGUCCUGGGCUUUGGGGCGUCUUCGGUGGUCGUGGCCGCGUGCCGGUUCAUCGUCCUCGCAGAGCUGGGCUCCACCGAGGACCCCUCUUUCGUCCUGGGCAACAUGGUGAUCGUGGCGGCGUUCGAGAUCCAGCUCGCAAUACUGGCAGUGAACCUGCCCGCUAUGAAGGCGCUGUACUCGGGGAUGACGGGCGGCUCCAGCAAUGACCAGUCUGAGCCGAUCAGCGGCAGCGCUGGAUACAAGCUCUCAUCCAUGGACGCGAGGGGGAAGAAGCUGCGGUCUGCCGCGUCUCGGAAGGGCACGGCUGGGCCUGUCGUGGACGUGAGCAUCACUCGGCACAUGGCUAGCGAGUCGGAAGAAGAGCUCUGGCAGCGGGAACACCAGGGGAGGGUUCAGGUCACCAAGACUGUUGAAUUGGUAACGUCUUCUCAGAGUGACACGGAUUCUGAUGUUCUUCGCCAAGGUCGUGUAGAUAAUCGUUACUCCGAGAACUGGGCCUAA